AUGGAGAGGAGCGAAGUCUCGCCGCCCAUUCGGGUCCUGGGGUCUGAGAGUAAACGAGGGGCGGGAGGGCCGCCUUCCCUGGAGGCCUCCGGAGCUGCCCGGGGGCCGGGGGACGCGUCCCCGGGGACAGAGCCGGGCCCGAGCGCUUCCUCCCGCUCCGACCCCCGCGCCCGCCCGUGUCCAUGGCGGCUCGGUGACGUGGGGCGACCUUCCCCGGGGACCCGGGCGGCCCGGGAUGUGGAUUGCGGCGGGGCCGAGUUCGCGCCCCGCCCGCCGGCGGAAGCGGCGCCCCCCGCGGCGGCUUUGAUGCCCGCCCCGGCCGCGGGUAUAAGCGGGCUCGGGCUCCGCGCGCUCCCGCGGGCGCCCCGGUGCCCCCGGCCCUCCCGGCCCCGCGCGGGCUUCCCGGGCCCCGCGCGCCCCGCGCCCCCCGCCCCCCGCGCCCCCGCCCCCCGCGCCCCCGCGCCCCCGCGCCCCCGCGCCCCCGCACGCGCGGCCGCCCCGUCGGCGCCGCAGCGCCGCAAGCGCACGUCCUUCAGCCCCGAGCAGCUGCAGCUCCUGGAGCUCGUGUUCCGCCACACGCGCUACCCCGACAUCCACCUGCGCGAGCGCAUGGCCGCGCUCACCCUGCUCCCCGAGGCCAGGAUCCAGGUGUGGUUCCAGAACAGGCGCGCCAAGUCCAGGCGUCAGAGUGGCAAGUCCUUCCAGAACUCGGGGAGCCCAGAGCCUUUCCUCCACCGUGCAGCUCCUGGGAUGGAGGCCAAGUGUCUGAAGCCCCAGCUGCCUCCGGAGGGAGCUGUGAACUGCCUGCCCGACCCCAGCACGGCUGGCGCCAGCAUCUCUGAUGCCAGCUCCCAAGGCCACACUUUUGAAACCUUUUGUCCUCUCUCUGAAGACACUGGGGCAAGGCUGGACUCCUGGGAGGAGCACAUCUUUUCUGCCUUCGGUAGCUUUUGA